AUGUUUGCCUUUGUGUUAAGGUGGAAAUGGAAGAUCCGGGUAAAACACAAUCGUGUUGAUGGGUCAACCUCAGCCUCUCAUUUAGAUAUGUCCACCAAUUUCUUUUCCUAUUUGAACUCUUCAACACGAGUUUCGUGUCUGUAUAUCAACCUCCUCUCUUCCUUCUUUUUGUCAUUCUUGACGUUGACUGUAUCUGUAUCUUUUUCUCCUCCUUUAUUUCUUCUACUUCCUCUACAGUUUUGCUUCUUGUGUCCUUUUGUUCUUUCCCCUUGUAGGUUCUCUAUUGACAAGAUGAAGUUCUCAAAGUCUCUCGCUUUACUAUCUACUGCUCUCUUUAGCGGAGUGGCCACUGCUAAUGACGAUUUCCCUACCAUCAAUGUGGUUGGAAACAAGUUUUUCUACUCCAACAAUGCCUCUCAGUUCUACAUCAAGGGUGUUGCAUACCAACAAAACACUGCAGGCUUGGACACAGACGCAAAGUAUGUUGAUCCAUUGGCCGACGAGGAAAGUUGUAAAAGAGACAUUCCAUAUUUGACCGAGCUGCACACAAAUACCAUCAGAGUGUAUGCCCUUAAUGCCAGUGCCAACCACGAUGCAUGCAUGAACGCCCUGCAAGAUGCUGGUAUUUACGUCAUUGCAGACUUGUCAUCUCCAGGUGAAUCCAUCAUUACCAGUGAUCCAGAAUGGGAUCUUGAAUUGUAUGACAGAUACACCUCGGUCAUUGAUAUGAUGCAGAAGUACAACAAUGUCUUGGGGUUCUUUGCCGGUAACGAAGUCAUUACUAAUUCCACAAACACCGACACUGCUCCUUUUGUCAAGGCGGCAAUCAGAGAUAUGAAGAAGUACAUCUCCGAUAAGGGUUAUAGGGAUAUUCCAGUUGGUUAUUCUGCGAACGAUGACUCUAAUACGAGGGUCCAAUCUGCAGAUUAUUUUGCGUGCGGUGAUGAUGACAUCAAAGCCGACUUUUAUGGUAUCAACAUGUACGAAUGGUGUGGUAACUCCAACUUCAAGGAGUCCGGUUACGAAGCUAGAACUAAGGAAUUUUCCAACUUAACUGUUCCGAUUUUCUUUUCUGAAUAUGGUUGUAACGAAGUCCAACCAAGAAAGUUCACCGAAGUUGGUACAAUUUAUAGUGACGAAAUGACUGACGUUUGGUCUGGUGGUAUCGUCUACAUGUAUUUCGAGGAAGAAAACAACUACGGUUUAGUUUCUGUUGAGGAUAACAAGGUGUCAACCAUGGCAGAUUUCAAUUACUUGAAGUCUGAAUUAGGCAGCAUCAGCCCAACCUAUGCAAAGGCUUCCGCAGCUUCUGCAUCUGCUAAAACUUUACAAUGUCCAUCUACUGAUAAGAACUGGUCCGCAGCUACCAACUUACCUCCAACUCCAGAUCAAUCCCUUUGUGAUUGUGUCGAAAGUUCUGUUGAAUGUACCGUUUCUGAUGAUGUCGAUGAAAGUGAUUACAGUGACCUGUUUGGUGUGGUUUGUAACUACAUCUCCUGUGAUGAAAUUAACGCUAAUGGUAAGAAAGGUACUUAUGGUUCUUACUCAUUCUGUAAUCCUAAGGAAAAGUUGGCAUAUGUUUUGAACAAGUACUAUCAAGAUCAAGAUAAGAAUAAGUCCGCUUGUGAUUUUUCCGGCUCUGCUACUAUUGUGAAGUCAUCUGCAGCUUCAACUUGUUCGUCCAUCUUAAAGAAUGCCUCUGCAAGCCAAACAUUCACUAACUCUGGCUCCACAGCUAAAGAUUCUUCAGAGACUAAGACUAGUGGCUCUGCCAAGUCGGUUUCUUCAAUCAGUUCAACUUCCAAGGGUGCAGCUGCUAGCCUCAAGGCCCCAAUGCAUGCUUCAAGUCUAUCAUCAAUGUACUUGUGUACUUUAAUUGGUGGUGUUGUUGUCGGCUCCAUCUCUAUGAUUUUGAUCUGA